CGCUGGUGAGGGCUGCGGUGCGGCGCUACCUGCCCUGGGUGCUGGUGGCCGCCAUGCUGGCGGGCUCUGUCCUCAAGGAGCUGUCCCCGCUGCCCGAGUGCUACCUCAGCAACAAGCGCAACGUCCUCAACGUGAGAAGAGUGAAGCCUUUGGUGCCCGUGACCUUUCUCCUGGAUCUCCUUGGACUUUCUUAGUCAUCUAAAGUGCAUGGCAGUUGCCCAGGAAAGCAACCCCAGCGGACCUCUGUGGCACAUCUCUCCAGCUCCACCCACUUCUUUCCCAGUCUUUUAAAAUACUGACUUAAAAAGUUUAUUGCACAAAACACCGUUGCAGCAAUACAGGGAGUUUGGAAGCUGAAGCCGCUCCUUCGAGUGAGCCUAAGAUUAGAGUUUCCAGCAUGCUGAGAGUCUUAACUCUUCUUAGGUACUUUGUUAAAGUGGCCUGGGCCUGGACAGUCUGUCUCCUUCUGCCUUUCAUUGCCCUCACCAACUACCACCUGACGGGCAAGGCCGGCCUGGUCCUGCGGCGGUUGAGCACCCUGCUGGUGGGCACAGCCAUCUGGUAUUUCUGCACGGCCCUCUUCUCCAACAUUGAGCACUACACAGGCAGCUGCUACCAGUCCCCAGCCCUGGAGGGCAUCAGACAGGAGCAUCAGAGCAAGCAGCAAUGCCACCGGGAAGGGGGCUUCUGGCACGGCUUUGACAUCUCAGGCCACUCCUUCCUGCUGACCUUCUGUGCGCUCAUGAUCGUGGAGGAGAUGGCCGUGUUGGAUGAGGUGAAGACAGAUCGCGGCCACCACCUCCACACUGCCAUCACCACUCUGGUUGUCGCCCUGGGCUUUCUGACCUUAAUCUGGGUCUGGAUGUUUUUGUGCACAGCCGUUUAUUUCCACAACUUGACCCAGAAGGUGUUCGGCACCUUUUUUGGUUUGCUGGGCUGGUAUGGGACAUAUGGGUACUGGUACCUGAAGUCCUUCUCCCCAGGGCUUCCUCCCCAGAGCUCUAGUUUGACUCUGAAGCAAGAUACUUACAAGAAAUAAAAGAGAAACAAGUGAGGACAGGAGGACAGUGGCUGACAGAUUUUUCCACCUACUGCGACUGGCUGAACUAUGGGUCCCGCUUUGGAGAAGAUGCUUACCAGGCACUUCUGUAGUGGCUGGAGUCUGGGGAACACACUUAGUCCUCAGACUCCGCUGGUGAUGCCACCCUGUUGCCAGCACCACCAUUCCUGUCAGACACUACUCGUCUCUGGCAAGAUGUGACCUAAGCUGUUCCCAGAGGGAGAGCUAAGGCUCAUCAGAGGGACAGUAGACAGCCUCAUGGCAUGGGUCAAGGGGAAACCAGAGCUACAGGACUCUCUCUGUUGUGAUCUCCCUGGCUCUGGUUCUCUUGAGAGUUUAGUGACCACAGUAAGGCUGUCCUUUUAACAGUGUUUCCCAAUAGUUGAUCCUAAGAUGAGCAUUUAUCUCUAGCAGGUUUUUUAUUAAACACCCCGAUGCCUACAACACACUCUCUGGCUGUAGUUUCCACCUCCUCUUUGGAAUAUUGACAGCUGUACCUGGCUAUGACCAGUUCCCAACAGGAGGCCGCAACCCUGCAGUGCCCGGAUGAUUUUUAUGUAGUGAACAAUGAAACGAUUUUUCUGUCUGUGCUGUCUGUUGUUAUGUGUCAGUUUUUGGAGCAGUAACGGAGAACUCCAUUUCUCCCUCUUCUCCCAUGAGUGAGUGCUGUAUGGUUUUUAAUUGUCACUAUGACAUUUGUUCUUUGUUGACAAAGCUCCAGGACUGCACUUUGGCAUGUGUAAAAAUUGUUCUGAGAGUUUUGUUUUGUUUUUGUUUUUUAGAACACUAACUUUUUAUAAACCAAACUCCUGACUUAUUGCAUUAAAUUCCACCUCAUAGGAAUGUCCCCCCUGUUAAGAGUAAAACUGGAGCCAGAGAGCAUGGUGCUGCACGCCUUUAACCCCAGCACGGAGAAGGCAGAGGCAGGCAGAGCUCUGUGAGUGUGGGGCCAGUCUGGUCUAUAUAUCUAGCUCCAGAUUAGCCAGAGCUGCACAGUGAGAUCCUGUCUCAAAAAAAUAAAACAAAACAAAUAACCAAAAAGCAAGACUAAAGCUGGAAAUCAGACACUUCAUUAUUUAAUGAAUUUUUAGCUGAGCGAGCAUUUCUGUAAAGUGCUUGUUGGUACUGAGGCUGUCCUGCCCCUCUGCUGGUCUGGUGGCAGACACAGAAUAGGGUUCAGGGUCAUAGGAUCAAAGGACAAGUACCAUAGACAAGGAAUUUUUACCUUUGGAGAAGAUUAUGAUAAUUCAGAAGUGAAAUGAAUGUCUCCCUCUGAUGCAAGAAACCAGCCAUAUUACAUACUGCCGCCAUGCAAAGUUGUCCGUAUUACAUAGUGGCAUGACUUUGACCCCACCUCCUUUUCCUUGCCCCUUCAACAGAACAACUCUAAAAGGGGGCCAUUCAAGAGCCGUGACAUUCUCUUGGUAGCACUUCCCAGCUUCCAGCCUUGUCAUUAUGUGGCCUUCACUGAGACUGGCUGGGGCUAGACGCCUUGUCUCCCAUGUCCCACAUGGCAAGCUUCCAGUCUCUGAGAAGAGGGCCCCUUUCCCUCCCAGGUGAUCUCUUAAGCCUGUCACACUGAGCCCCAUCUUUUGGAUGAUCAGCCUUGUAGCUGCUUUGAUGCCUCUUCCUCAGCAGAGCUGGGGAAUGGCUGCCUGAUAAGCUUUGGCCUGCCUGACCUGACUCCAGCUCAGGUUGUUAGGUGCGUAGUAAGUUAAGAAUAAUUCCUUUCUUUCUUUUAAUUUAUUUUUUUUAUUUAAUUAAAAACUUAUUUUUUGAGUCAAGGUCUCAAUAUGCAGCCCUGGCUUUCCUGGAACUCACUGUGUGCGUCAGGCUGUUCCUAGACUCCCAGAGAUCUGCCUGCCUCUGUCUCCUUAGUGCUGAGAUUAAACAUGAGCUAAUAUUAAAGCUACCACAUCUGGCUACUAAGUAAUUUUUGUAAUAUAAGGACAUAUUUAAAAUGCGUAUUUCAUAACCUGUUGAGCUACAGGUCAGCUUGACCAUUGGCAGUGUAAGAUGUGAGAUGUUGUUACCAAAAGGCAGGCAGGCAGUAAGGGGCCCUGUGCUGCGCUGCGGGGCAUUGAUGAGUUGACAGUGGACUGAAAGGUGUUUCACCUUCUGGGGGUUUCCACCCAUCCCCUCAGGGUAGGAAUGGGCCCCGGGGGAGAUGGUAGAGCUGGUCACCGGAUAGUCUUCAGGCUUCAUGUCACAACGGAAGGGAGCAGCCAUGGGGUGCACCGAGAAGUUCAUUGUCACAUUAAGGCCCUGGGCGUUUUUCUCACGGGGAGGGGGGGGUGUCUGACCAGGUUUAACUUUAAACUGACUACAUGUGGGAACUCUUAGUUGCUCAGUGUUCUCUACAUAUUAGAUGGAUUGGCUUACAUGUGUUCAUUCUUAGUACUCCCUGCCUUUCCUCUCUCAGACCCAGAGAUGGGAACCCAGGGUUUGUUACUGGGCAAACCAUCUAUGCCUGGGCUACACCCUGAGUUUUUGGGAACCCUUGCCUUCUCAGGAGUAUGUCUUCCCUCCUAUGUGAGGAAGCAUGGCAUGAGUGAGUGUUUGGGCUUGCACAACCAUGAGAUGUAGGUUUGAACGUUGGCAUCACUCCCAAUCUACCUGACCAGUGUGCAAGCCUUGCGAUUCUUUUAGCAUUAAAGGAAGUGUCAUGUAAGGUGCUGAGCAUGUGUGCUAACCAGGCUAUUAUCUCCAAGUCUUUCUCUUGACAGCAUUUAGAAUGGUCCAGCUCUCCUAGAGAAAGCAGAGUAACUAACAUCUUUUGGGAAGCACUCACGCACUUGGGUCUCACAUUGAAAUAAUCUCAUGUCAUCUUUUAGAGUGUCUGUUAUCCCUAGGUGUUAAACAUGAGGCUUUGGGGGCAUCUGACCAGAGUUGUGCCACGCUGUCUUGUUUCCCUGUGUGGAGGUUUGCUCACUCACUCCCAUGUGCAUCUGUCAUUGUCUGGGUACCAGAUUGUAUUUAGCGAAUGGCUCAUGCCACUGUUGUAUACACACAGAGCCUAUGUGUAAACAAGCAAAUUAAAGUAUACUGGAGAUAAUGGAAUCGUA